AAACAAAGAGAAAGCCAACAUUAAAGAUCUGACCCUUCAUCUUCACACAGAAAAAAACAAACUUCAGAAUAUCAUGAGCAUGACUGUUUUAAAACAAGAAGAACAAAAACUCAAGGAGGACCAGUUCAGCAGACAAACACAAGAACUGGAUACCAGAAAGAGCAGUCUGCUGGAAGAAAGAGAAGAACUGGAUCUUUUGAGGAAGGAUCUCAACAAGAAGAAGGAAGAGGUUGAAACAGCCAUGAACACCAUCAGUUCAGAGAGAGAUAUACUCAAUCAGAUGCAGAGUACUACUGACAUGAAAAUAGCAAUGCUCAAGAAUGAAAAGGACCGAAUGGAAAGAGGAACGUCGGACCUGAAAACAAGAGAAGAUCUACUAUUGAAUACGAGGAAAUCAAUGGAAAUUCUGACGGGAAAAACUUCACCAGCUGAGUGAAAGGAUGAGUGAAGAAAUUCAAAUCAAAAUGAUCAGACUGGAACAAAACAAUGAAGACAUAUUGAAACUGUUGAGUGUUUUGGAGCAAAAGCAUGAUGUUCUGGAUAAACUGAAAGCACAUAUGUCAAGUUACACUGAGACGUUAGAGAGGGAAAGAGAAAGGUUGAAGAUCAUGUUGUUAGAAAGUGUCACUCAAAGACAGGAAAUGGGAAAUCAACUGAAACAAGAGGCCUUGUUGGAAAGGACAAAUCUUCUGGAACUGAAGGCAGAGUUGAAGAAAGAAAGAGAGGACCUGGAUAGAGAGAGUGAGGUGAUGAACAAAGAGAAACUGGACUUUUAUUUGAUAAGGUCGGACAUCCUGAAACACAGGGACAUGUUGGAACAACAGAGACAAGAUAUAAGAGAAGAAACAGAGAAAUUGGAAAUCACAAAGACUGAUCUUCAAGUGUUGAAAGAACAUGAACGAAUUCAGUUUGAUGAGAUAAACAAAGAGAAAGCCAACAUUAAAGAUCUGACCCUUCAUCUUCACACAGAAAAAAACAAACUUCAGAAUAUCAUGAGCAUGACUGUUUUAAAACAAGAAGAACAAAAACUCAAGGAGGACCAGUUCAGCAGACAAACACAAGAACUGGAUACCAGAAAGAGCAGUCUGCUGGAAGAAAGAGAAGAACUGGAUCUUUUGAGGAAGGAUCUCAACAAGAAGAAGGAAGAGGUUGAAACAGCCAUGAACACCAUCAGUUCAGAGAGAGAUAUACUCAAUCAGAUGCAGAGUACUACUGACAUGGAAAUAGCAAUGCUCAACAAUGAAAAGGACCGAAUGGAAAGAGGAACGUCGGACCUGAAAACAAGAGAAGAUCUACUAUUGAAUACGAGGAAAUCAAUGGAAAUUCUGAGGGAAAAACUUCACCAGCUGAGUGAAAGGAUGAGUGAAGAAAUUCAAAUCAAAAUGAUCAGACUGGAACAAAACAAUGAAGACAUAUUGAAACUGUUGAGUGUUUUGGAGCAAAAGCAUGAUGUUCUGGAUAAACAGAAAGCACAUAUGUCAAGUUACACUGAGACGUUAGAGAGGGAAAGAGAAAGGUUGAAGAUCAUGUUGUUAGAAAGUGUCACUCAAAGACAGGAAAUGGGUAAUCAACUGAAACAAGAGGCCUUGUUGGAAAGGACAAAUCUUCUGGAACUGAAGGCAGAGUUGAAGAAAGAAAGAGAGUACCUGGAUAGAGAGAGUGAGGUGAUGAACAAAGAGAAACUGGACUUUGAUGUGAUCAGGUCGGACAUCCUGAAACAAAGGGACAUGUUGGAACAACAGAGACAAGAUAUAAGAGAAGAAACAGAGAAAUUGGAAAUCACAAAGACUGAUCUUCAAGUGUUGAAAGAACAUGAACGAAUUCAGUUUGAUGAGAUAAACAAAGAGAAAGCCAACAUUAAAGAUCUGACCCUUCAUCUUCACACAGAAAAAAAGAAACUUGAGAAUAUCAUGAGCAUGAUUGUUUUAAAACAAGAAGAACAAAAACUCAAGGAGGACCAGUUCAGCAGACAAACACAAGAACUGGAUACCAGAAAGAGCAGUCUGCUGGAAGAAAGAGAAGAACUGGAUCUUUUGAGGAAGGAUCUCAACAAGAAGAAGGAAGAGGUUGAAACAGCCAUGAACACCAUCAGUUCAGAGAGAGAUAUACUCAAUCAGAUGCAGAGUACUACUGACAUGGAAAUAGCAAUGCUCAACAAUGAAAAGGACAGAAUGGAAAGAGGAACGUCGGACCUGAAAACAAGAGAAGAUCUACUAUUGAAUACGAGGAAAUCAAUGGAAAUUCUGAGGGAAAAACUUCACCAGCUGAGUGAAAGGACGAGUGAAGAAAUUCAAAUCAAAAUGAUCAGACUGGAACAAAACAAUGAAGACAUAUUGAAACUGUUGAGUGUUUUGGAGCAAAAGCAUGAUGUUCUGGAUAAACAGAAAGAACAUAUGUCAAGUUACACUGAGAUGUUAGAGAGGGAAAGAGAAAGGUUGAAGAUCAUGUUGUUAGAAAGUGUCACUCAAAGACAGGAAAUGGGAAAUCAACUGAAACAAGAGGCCUUGUUGGAAAGGACAAAUCUUCUGGAACUGAAGGCAGAGUUGAAGAAAGAAAGAGAGUACCUGGAUAGAGAGAGUGAGGUGAUGAACAAAGAGAAACUGGACUUUGAUGUGAUCAGGUCGGACAUCCUGAAACAAAGGGACAUGUUGGAACAACAGAGACAAGAUAUAAGAGAAGAAACAGAGAAAUUGGAAAUCACAAAGACUGAUCUUCAAGUGUUGAAAGAACAUGAACGAAUUCAGUUGGAUGAGAUAAACAAAGAGAAAGCCAACAUUAAAGAUCUGACCCUUCAUCUUCACACAGAAAAAAACAAACUUCAGAAUAUCAUGAGCAUGAUUGUUUUAAAACAAGAAGAACAAAAACUCAUGGAGGACCAGUUCAGCAGACAAACACAAGAACUGGAUACCAGAAAGAGCAGUCUGCUGGAAGAAAGAGAAGAACUGGAUCUUUUGAGGAAGGAUCUCAACAAGAAGAAGGAAGAGGUUGAAACAGCCAUGAACACCAUCAGUUCAGAGAGAGAUAUACUCAAUCAGAUGCAGAGUACUACUGACAUGGAAAUAGCAAUGCUCAACAAUGAAAAGGACCGAAUGGAAAGAGGAACGUCGGACCUGAAAACAAGAGAAGAUCUACUAUUGAAUACGAGGAAAUCAAUGGAAAUUCUGAGGGAAAAACUUCACCAGCUGAGUGAAAGGAUGAGUGAAGAAAUUCAAAUCAAAAUGAUCAGACUGGAACAAAACAAUGAAGACAUAUUGAAACUGUUGAGUGUUUUGGAGCAAAAGCAUGAUGUUCUGGAUAAACAGAAAGAACAUAUGUCAAGUUACACUGAGAUGUUAGAGAGGGAAAGAGAAAGGUUGAAGAUCAUGUUGUUAGAAAGUGUCACUCAAAGACAGGAAAUGGGAAAUCAACUGAAACAAGAGGCCUUGUUGGAAAGGACAAAUCUUCUGGAACUGAAGGCAGAGUUGAAGAAAGAAAGAGAGGACCUGGAUAGAGAGAGUGAGGUGAUGAACAAAGAGAAACUGGACUUUGAUGUGAUCAGGUCGGACAUCCUGAAACACAGGGACAUGUUGGAACAACAGAGACAAGAUAUAAGAGAAGAAACAGAGAAAUUGGAAAUCACAAAGACUGAUCUUCAAGUGUUGAAAGAACAUGAACGAAUUCAGUUUGAUGAGAUAAACAAAGAGAAAGCCAACAUUAAAGAUCUGACCCUUCAUCUUCACACAGAAAAAAACAAACUUCAGAAUAUCAUGAGCAUGAUUGUUUUAAAACAAGAAGAACAAAAACUCAGUGGAGGACCAGUUCAGCAGACAAACACAAGAACUGGAUACCAGAAAGAGCAAAAGCACAUAUGUCAAGUUACACUGAGACUGUUAGAGAGGGAAAGAGAAAGGUUGAAGAUCAUGUUGUUAGAAAGUGUCACUCAAAGACAGGAAAUGGGAAAUCAACUGAAACAAGAGGCCUUGUUGGAAAGGACAAAUCUUCUGGAACUGAAGGCAGAGUUGAAGAAAGAAAGAGAGGACCUGGAUAGAGAGAGUGAGGUGAUGAACAAAGAGAAACUGGACUUUGAUGUGAUCAGGUCGGACAUCCUGAAACACAGGGACAUGUUGGAACAACAGAGACAAGAUAUAAGAGAAGAAACAGAGAAAUUGGAAAUCACAAAGACUGAUCUUCAAGUGUUGAAAGAACAUGAACGAAUUCAGUUUGAUGAAAUAAACAAAGAGAAAGCCAACGUUAAAGAUCUGACCCUUCAUCUUCACACAGAAAAAAACAAACUUCAGAAUAUCAUGAGCAUGAUUGUUUUAAAACAAGAAGAACAAAAACUCAUGGAGGACCAGUUCAGCAGACAAACACAAGAACUGGAUACCAGAAAGAGCAGUCUGCUGGAAGAAAGAGAAGAACUGGAUCUUUUGAGGAAGGAUCUCAACAAGAAGAAUGAAGAGGUUGAAACAGCCAUGAACACCAUCAGUUCAGAGAGAGAUAUACUCAAUCAGAUGCAGAGUACUACUGACAUGGAAAUAGCAAUGCUCAAGAAUGAAAAGGACCGAAUGGAAAGAGGAACGUCGGACCUGAAAACAAGAGAAGAUCUACUAUUGAAUACGAGGAAAUCAAUGGAAAUUCUGAGGGAAAAACUUCACCAGCUGAGUGAAAGGAUGAGUGAAGAAAUUCAAAUCAAAAUGAUCAGACUGGAACAAAACAAUGAAGACAUAUUGAAACUGUUGAGUGUUUUGGAGCAAAAGCAUGAUGUUCUGGAUAAACAGAAAGAACAUAUGUCAAGUUACACUGAGACGUUAGAGAGGGAAAGAGAAAGGUUGAAGAUCAUGUUGUUAGAAAGUGUCACUCAAAGACAGGAAAUGGGAAAUCAACUGAAACAAGAGGCCUUGUUGGAAAGGACAAAUCUUCUGGAACUGAAGGCAAAGUUGAAGAAAGAAAGAGAGUACCUGGAUAGAGAGAGUGAGGUGAUGAACAAAGAGAAACUGGACUUUGAUUUGAUCAGGUCGGACAUCCUGAAACAAAGGGACAUGUUGGAACAACAGAGACAAGAUAUAAGAGAAGAAACAGAGAAAUUGGAAAUCACAAAGACUGAUCUUCAAGUGUUGAAAGAACAUGAACGAAUUCAGUUUGAUGAGAUAAACAAAGAGAAAGCCAACAUUAAAGAUCUGACCCUUCAUCUUCACACAGAAAAAAACAAACUUCAGAAUAUCAUGAGCAUGAUUGUUUUAAAACAAGAAGAACAAAAACUCAAGGAGGACCAGUUCAGCAGACAAACACAAGAACUGGAUACCAGAAAGAGCAGUCUGCUGGAAGAAAGAGAAGAACUGGAUCUUUUGAGUAAGGAUCUCAACAAGAAGAAUGAAGAGGUUGAAACAGCCAUGAACACCAUCAGUUCAGAGAGAGAUAUACUCAAUCAGAUGCAGAGUACUACUGACAUGGAAAUAGCAAUGCUCAACAAUGAAAAGGACCGAAUGGAAAGAGGAACGUCGGACCUGAAAACAAGAGAAGAUCUACUAUUGAAUACGAGGAAAUCAAUGGAAAUUCUGAGGGAAAAACUUCACCAGCUGAGUGAAAGGAUGAGUGAAGAAAUUCAAAUCAAAAUGAUCAGACUGGAACAAAACAAUGAAGACAUAUUGAAACUGUUGAGUGUUUUGGAGCAAAAGCAUGAUGUUCUGGAUAAACAAAAAGCACAUAUGUCAAGUUACACUGAGACGUUAGAGAGGGAAAGAGAAAGGUUGAAGAUCAUGUUGUUAGAAAGUGUCACUCAAAGACAGGAAAUGGGAAAUCAACUGAAACAAGAGGCCUUGUUGGAAAGGACAAAUCUUCUGGAACUGAAGGCAGAGUUGAAGAAAGAAAGAGAGUACCUGGAUAGAGAGAGUGAGGUGAUGAACAAAGAGAAACUGGACUUUGAUUUGAUCAGGUUGGACAUCCUGAAACAAAGGGACAUGUUGGAACAACAGAGACAAGAUAUAAGAGAAGAAACAGAGAAAUUGGAAAUCACAAAGACUGAUCUUCAAGUGUUGAAAGAACAUGAACGAAUUCAGUUGGAUGAGAUAAACAAAGAGAAAGCCAACAUUAAAGAUCUGACCCUUCAUCUUCACACAGAAAAAAACAAACUUCAGAAUAUCAUGAGCAUGAUUGUUUUAAAACAAGAAGAACAAAAACUCAUGGAGGACCAGUUCAGCAGACAAACACAAGAACUGGAUACCAGAAAGAGCAGUCUGCUGGAAGAAAGAGAAGAACUGGAUCUUUUGAGGAAGGAUCUCAACAAGAAGAAUGAAGAGGUUGAAACAGCCAUGAACACCAUCAGUUCAGAGAGAGAUAUACUCAAUCAGAUGCAGAGUACUACUGACAUGGAAAUAGCAAUGCUCAAGAAUGAAAAGGACCGAAUGGAAAGAGGAACGUCGGACCUGAAAACAAGAGAAGAUCUACUAUUGAAUACGAGGAAAUCAAUGGAAAUUCUGACGGAAAAAACUUCACCAGCUGAGGAGGACCAGUUCAGCAGACAAACACAAGAACUGGAUACCAGAAAGAGCAGUCUGCUGGAAGAAAGAGAAGAACUGGAUCUUUUGAGGAAGGAUCUCAACAAGAAGAAUGAAGAGGUUGAAACAGCCAUGAACACCAUCAGUUCAGAGAGAGAUAUACUCAAUCAGAUGCAGAGUACUACUGACAUGGAAAUAACAAUGCUCAACAAUGAAAAGGACCGAAUGGAAAGAGGAACGUCGGACCUGAAAACAAGAGAAGAUCUACUAUUGAAUACGAGGAAAUCAAUGGAAAUUCUGAGGGAAAAACUUCACCAGCUGAGUGAAAGGAUGAGUGAAGAAAUUCAAAUCAAAAUGAUCAGACUGGAACAAAACAAUGAAGACAUAUUGAAACUGUUGAGUGUUUUGGAGCAAAAGCAUGAUGUUCUGGAUAAACAGAAAGAACAUAUGUCAAGUUACACUGAGACGUUAGAGAGGGAAAGAGAAAGGUUGAAGAUCAUGUUGUUAGAAAGUGUCACUCAAAGACAGGAAAUGGGAAAUCAACUGAAACAAGAGGCCUUGUUGGAAAGGACAAAUCUUCUGGAACUGAAGGCAGAGUUGAAGAAAGAAAGAGAGUACCUGGAUAGAGAGAGUGAGGUGAUGAACAAAGAGAAACUGGACUUUGAUUUGAUCAGGUUGGACAUCCUGAAACAAAGGGACAUGUUGGAACAACAGAGACAAGAUAUAAGAGAAGAAACAGAGAAAUUGGAAAUCACAAAGACUGAUCUUCAAGUGUUGAAAGAACAUGAACGAAUUCAGUUGGAUGAGAUAAACAAAGAGAAAGCCAACAUUAAAGAUCUGACCCUUCAUCUUCACACAGAAAAAAACAAACUUCAGAAUAUCAUGAGCAUGAUUGUUUUAAAACAAGAAGAACAAAAACUCAUGGAGGACCAGUUCAGCAGACAAACACAAGAACUGGAUACCAGAAAGAGCAGUCUGCUGGAAGAAAGAGAAGAACUGGAUCUUUUGAGGAAGGAUCUCAACAAGAAGAAUGAAGAGGUUGAAACAGCCAUGAACACCAUCAGUUCAGAGAGAGAUAUACUCAAUCAGAUGCAGAGUACUACUGACAUGGAAAUAGCAAUGCUCAACAAUGAAAAGGACCGAAUGGAAAGAGGAACGUCGGACCUGAAAACAAGAGAAGAUCUACUAUUGAAUACGAGGAAAUCAAUGGAAAUUCUGACGGAAAAACUUCACCAGCUGAGUGAAAGGAUGAGUGAAGAAAUUCAAAUCAAAAUGAUCAGACUGGAACAAAACAAUGAAGACAUAUUGAAACUGUUGAGUGUUUUGGAGCAAAAGCAUGAUGUUCUGGAUAAACUGAAAGCACAUAUGUCAAGUUACACUGAGACGUUAGAGAGGGAAAGAGAAAGGUUGAAGAUCAUGUUGUUAGAAAGUGUCACUCAAAGACAGGAAAUGGGAAAUCAACUGAAACAAGAGGCCUUGUUGGAAAGGACAAAUCUUCUGGAACUGAAGGCAGAGUUGAAGAAAGAAAGAGAGGACCUGGAUAGAGAGAGUGAGGUGAUGAACAAAGAGAAACUGGACUUUGAUUUGAUCAGGUCGGACAUCCUGAAACAAAGGGACAUGUUGGAACAACAGAGACAAGAUAUAAGAGAAGAAACAGAGAAAUUGGAAAUCACAAAGACUGAUCUUCAAGUGUUGAAAGAACAUGAACGAAUUCAGUUUGAUGAGAUAAACAAAGAGAAAGCCAACAUUAAAGAUCUGACCCUUCAUCUUCACACAGAAAAAAACAAACUUCAGAAUAUCAUGAGCAUGAUUGUUUUAAAACAAGAAGAACAAAAACUCAAGGAGGACCAGUUCAGCAGACAAACACAAGAACUGGAUACCAGAAAGAGCAGUCUGCUGGAAGAAAGAGAAGAACUGGAUCUUUUGAGGAAGGAUCUCAACAAGAAGAAGGAAGAGGUUGAAACAGCCAUGAACACCAUCAGUUCAGAGAGAGAUAUACUCAAUCAGAUGCAGAGUACUACUGACAUGGAAAUAGCAAUGCUCAACAAUGAAAAGGACCGAAUGGAAAGAGGAACGUCGGACCUGAAAACAAGAGAAGAUCUACUAUUGAAUACGAGGAAAUCAAUGGAAAUUCUGACGGAAAAACUUCACCAGCUGAGUGAAAGGAUGAGUGAAGAAAUUCAAAUCAAAAUGAUCAGACUGGAACAAAACAAUGAAGACAUAUUGAAACUGUUGAGUGUUUUGGAGCAAAAGCAUGAUGUUCUGGAUAAACAAAAAGCACAUAUGUCAAGUUACACUGAGACGUUAGAGAGGGAAAGAGAAAGGUUGAAGAUCAUGUUGUUAGAAAGUGUCACUCAAAGACAGGAAAUGGGAAAUCAACUGAAACAAGAGGCCUUGUUGGAAAGGACAAAUCUUCUGGAACUGAAGGCAAAGUUGAAGAAAGAAAGAGAGUACCUGGAUAGAGAGAGUGAGGUGAUGAACAAAGAGAAACUGGACUUUGAUUUGAUCAGGUCGGACAUCCUGAAACAAAGGGACAUGUUGGAACAACAGAGACAAGAUAUAAGAGAAGAAACAGAGAAAUUGGAAAUCACAAAGACUGAUCUUCAAGUGUUGAAAGAACAUGAACGAAUUCAGUUGGAUGAGAUAAACAAAGAAAAAGCCAACAUUAAAGAUCUGACCCUUCAUCUUCACACAGAAAAAAACAAACUUCAGAAUAUCAUGAGCAUGAUUGUUUUAAAACAAGAAGAACAAAAACUCAUGGAGGACCAGUUCAGCAGACAAACACAAGAACUGGAUACCAGAAAGAGCAGUCUGCUGGAAGAAAGAGAAGAACUGGAUCUUUUGAGGAAGGAUCUCAACAAGAAGAAGGAAGAGGUUGAAACAGCCAUGAACACCAUCAGUUCAGAGAGAGAUAUACUCAAUCAGAUGCAGAGUACUACUGACAUGGAAAUAGCAAUGCUCAAGAAUGAAAAGGACCGAAUGGAAAGAGGAACGUCGGACCUGAAAACAAGAGAAGAUCUACUAUUGAAUACGAGGAAAUCAAUGGAAAUUCUGACGGAAAAACUUCACCAGCUGAGUGAAAGGAUGAGUGAAGAAAUUCAAAUCAAAAUGAUCAGACUGGAACAAAACAAUGAAGACAUAUUGAAACUGUUGAGUGUUUUGGAGCAAAAGCAUGAUGUUCUGGAUAAACUGAAAGCACAUAUGUCAAGUUACACUGAGACGUUAGAGAGGGAAAGAGAAAGGUUGAAGAUCAUGUUGUUAGAAAGUGUCACUCAAAGACAGGAAAUGGGAAAUCAACUGAAACAAGAGGCCUUGUUGGAAAGGACAAAUCUUCUGGAACUGAAGGCAGAGUUGAAGAAAGAAAGAGAGGACCUGGAUAGAGAGAGUGAGGUGAUGAACAAAGAGAAACUGGACUUUUAUUUGAUAAGGUCGGACAUCCUGAAACACAGGGACAUGUUGGAACAACAGAGACAAGAUAUAAGAGAAGAAACAGAGAAAUUGGAAAUCACAAAGACUGAUCUUCAAGUGUUGAAAGAACAUGAACGAAUUCAGUUUGAUGAGAUAAACAAAGAGAAAGCCAACAUUAAAGAUCUGACCCUUCAUCUUCACACAGAAAAAAACAAACUUCAGAAUAUCAUGAGCAUGAUUGUUUUAAAACAAGAAGAACAAAAACUCAAGGAGGACCAGUUCAGCAGACAAACACAAGAACUGGAUACCAGAAAGAGCAGUCUGCUGGAAGAAAGAGAAGAACUGGAUCUUUUGAGGAAGGAUCUCAACAAGAAGAAGGAAGAGGUUGAAACAGCCAUGAACACCAUCAGUUCAGAGAGAGAUAUACUCAAUCAGAUGCAGAGUACUACUGACAUGGAAAUAGCAAUGCUCAACAAUGAAAAGGACCGAAUGGAAAGAGGAACGUCGGACCUGAAAACAAGAGAAGAUCUACUAUUGAAUACGAGGAAAUCAAUGGAAAUUCUGAGGGAAAAACUUCACCAGCUGAGUGAAAGGAUGAGUGAAGAAAUUCAAAUCAAAAUGAUCAGACUGGAACAAAACAAUGAAGACAUAUUGAAACUGUUGAGUGUUUUGGAGCAAAAGCAUGAUGUUCUGGAUAAACAGAAAGCACAUAUGUCAAGUUACACUGAGACGUUAGAGAGGGAAAGAGAAAGGUUGAAGAUCAUGUUGUUAGAAAGUGUCACUCAAAGACAGGAAAUGGGAAAUCAACUGAAACAAGAGGCCUUGUUGGAAAGGACAAAUCUUCUGGAACUGAAGGCAAAGUUGAAGAAAGAAAGAGAGUACCUGGAUAGAGAGAGUGAGGUGAUGAACAAAGAGAAACUGGACUUUGAUUUGAUCAGGUCGGACAUCCUGAAACAAAGGGACAUGUUGGAACAACAGAGACAAGAUAUAAGAGAAGAAACAGAGAAAUUGGAAAUCACAAAGACUGAUCUUCAAGUGUUGAAAGAACAUGAACGAAUUCAGUUGGAUGAGAUAAACAAAGAGAAAGCCAACAUUAAAGAUCUGACCCUUCAUCUUCACACAGAAAAAAACAAACUUCAGAAUAUCAUGAGCAUGAUUGUUUUAAAACAAGAAGAACAAAAACUCAUGGAGGACCAGUUCAGCAGACAAACACAAGAACUGGAUACCAGAAAGAGCAGUCUGCUGGAAGAAAGAGAAGAACUGGAUCUUUUGAGGAAGGAUCUCAACAAGAAGAAUGAAGAGGUUGAAACAGCCAUGAACACCAUCAGUUCAGAGAGAGAUAUACUCAAUCAGAUGCAGAGUACUACUGACAUGGAAAUAACAAUGCUCAAGAAUGAAAAGGACCGAAUGGAAAGAGGAACGUCGGACCUGAAAACAAGAGAAGAUCUACUAUUGAAUACGAGGAAAUCAAUGGAAAUUCUGACGGAAAAACUUCACCAGCUGAGUGAAAGGAUGAGUGAAGAAAUUCAAAUCAAAAUGAUCAGACUGGAACAAAACAAUGAAGACAUAUUGAAACUGUUGAGUGUUUUGGAGCAAAAGCAUGAUGUUCUGGAUAAACUGAAAGCACAUAUGUCAAGUUACACUGAGACGUUAGAGAGGGAAAGAGAAAGGUUGAAGAUCAUGUUGUUAGAAAGUGUCACUCAAAGACAGGAAAUGGGAAAUCAACUGAAACAAGAGGCCUUGUUGGAAAGGACAAAUCUUCUGGAACUGAAGGCAGAGUUGAAGAAAGAAAGAGAGGACCUGGAUAGAGAGAGUGAGGUGAUGAACAAAGAGAAACUGGACUUUGAUUUGAUCAGGUCGGACAUCCUGAAACACAGGGACAUGUUGGAACAACAGAGACAAGAUAUAAGAGAAGAAACAGAGAAAUUGGAAAUCACAAAGACUGAUCUUCAAGUGUUGAAAGAACAUGAACGAAUUCAGUUUGAUGAGAUAAACAAAGAGAAAGCCAACAUUAAAGAUCUGACCCUUCAUCUUCACACAGAAAAAAACAAACUUCAGAAUAUCAUGAGCAUGACUGUUUUAAAACAAGAAGAACAAAAACUCAAGGAGGACCAGUUCAGCAGACAAACACAAGAACUGGAUACCAGAAAGAGCAGUCUGCUGGAAGAAAGAGAAGAACUGGAUCUUUUGAGGAAGGAUCUCAACAAGAAGAAUGAAGAGGUUGAAACAGCCAUGAACACCAUCAGUUCAGAGAGAGAUAUACUCAAUCAGAUGCAGAGUACUACUGACAUGGAAAUAGCAAUGCUCAAGAAUGAAAAGGACCGAAUGGAAAGAGGAACGUCGGACCUGAAAACAAGAGAAGAUCUACUAUUGAAUACGAGGAAAUCAAUGGAAAUUCUGACGGAAAAACUUCACCAGCUGAGUGAAAGGAUGAGUGAAGAAAUUCAAAUCAAAAUGAUCAGACUGGAACAAAACAAUGAAGACAUAUUGAAACUGUUGAGUGUUUUGGAGCAAAAGCAUGAUGUUCUGGAUAAACUGAAAGCACAUAUGUCAAGUUACACUGAGACGUUAGAGAGGGAAAGAGAAAGGUUGAAGAUCAUGUUGUUAGAAAGUGUCACUCAAAGACAGGAAAUGGGAAAUCAACUGAAACAAGAGGCCUUGUUGGAAAGGACAAAUCUUCUGGAACUGAAGGCAGAGUUGAAGAAAGAAAGAGAGGACCUGGAUAGAGAGAGUGAGGUGAUGAACAAAGAGAAACUGGACUUUUAUUUGAUGAGGUCGGACAUCCUGAAACACAGGGACAUGUUGGAACAACAGAGACAAGAUAUAAGAGAAGAAACAGAGAAAUUGGAAAUCACAAAGACUGAUCUUCAAGUGUUGAAAGAACAUGAACGAAUUCAGUUUGAUGAGAUAAACAAAGAGAAAGCCAACAUUAAAGAUCUGACCCUUCAUCUUCACACAGAAAAAAACAAACUUGAGAAUAUCAUGAGCAUGAUUGUUUUAAAACAAGAAGAACAAAAACUCAAGGAGGACCAGUUCAGCAGACAAACACAAGAACUGGAUACCAGAAAGAGCAGUCUGCUGGAAGAAAGAGAAGAACUGGAUCUUUUGAGGAAGGAUCUCAACAAGAAGAAGGAAGAGGUUGAAACAGCCAUGAACACCAUCAGUUCAGAGAGAGAUAUACUCAAUCAGAUGCAGAGUACUACUGACAUGGAAAUAGCAAUGCUCAACAAUGAAAAGGACCGAAUGGAAAGAGGAACGUCGGACCUGAAAACAAGAGAAGAUCUACUAUUGAAUACGAGGAAAUCAAUGGAAAUUCUGAGGGAAAAACUUCACCAGCUGAGUGAAAGGAUGAGUGAAGAAAUUCAAAUCAAAAUGAUCAGACUGGAACAAAACAAUGAAGACAUAUUGAAACUGUUGAGUGUUUUGGAGCAAAAGCAUGAUGUUCUGGAUAAACAGAAAGCACAUAUGUCAAGUUACACUGAGACGUUAGAGAGGGAAAGAGAAAGGUUGAAGAUCAUGUUGUUAGAAAGUGUCACUCAAAGACAGGAAAUGGGUAAUCAACUGAAACAAGAGGCCUUGUUGGAAAGGACAAAUCUUCUGGAACUGAAGGCAGAGUUGAAGAAAGAAAGAGAGUACCUGGAUAGAGAGAGUGAGGUGAUGAACAAAGAGAAACUGGACUUUGAUUUGAUCAGGUUGGACAUCCUGAAACAAAGGGACAUGUUGGAACAACAGAGACAAGAUAUAAGAGAAGAAACAGAGAAAUUGGAAAUCACAAAGACUGAUCUUCAAGUGUUGAAAGAACAUGAACGAAUUCAGUUUGAUGAGAUAAACAAAGAGAAAGCCAACAUUAAAGAUCUGACCCUUCAUCUUCACACAGAAAAAAACAAACUUCAGAAUAUCAUGAGCAUGAUUGUUUUAAAACAAGAAGAACAAAAACUCAUGGAGGACCAGUUCAGCAGACAAACACAAGAACUGGAUACCAGAAAGAGCAGUCUGCUGGAAGAAAGAGAAGAACUGGAUCUUUUGAGGAAGGAUCUCAACAAGAAGAAUGAAGAGGUUGAAACAGCCAUGAACACCAUCAGUUCAGAGAGAGAUAUACUCAAUCAGAUGCAGAGUACUACUGACAUGGAAAUAGCAAUGCUCAAGAAUGAAAAGGACCGAAUGGAAAGAGGAACGUCGGACCUGAAAACAAGAGAAGAUCUACUAUUGAAUACGAGGAAAUCAAUGGAAAUUCUGACGGAAAAACUUCACCAGCUGAGUGAAAGGAUGAGUGAAGAAAUUCAAAUCAAAAUGAUCAGACUGGAACAAAACAAUGAAGACAUAUUGAAACUGUUGAGUGUUUUGGAGCAAAAGCAUGAUGUUCUGGAUAAACUGAAAGCACAUAUGUCAAGUUACACUGAGACGUUAGAGAGGGAAAGAGAAAGGUUGAAGAUCAUGUUGUUAGAAAGUGUCACUCAAAGACAGGAAAUGGGAAAUCAACUGAAACAAGAGGCCUUGUUGGAAAGGACAAAUCUUCUGGAACUGAAGGCAGAGUUGAAGAAAGAAAGAGAGGACCUGGAUAGAGAGAGUGAGGUGAUGAACAAAGAGAAACUGGACUUUUAUUUGAUAAGGUCGGACAUCCUGAAACACAGGGACAUGUUGGAACAACAGAGACAAGAUAUAAGAGAAGAAACAGAGAAAUUGGAAAUCACAAAGACUGAUCUUCAAGUGUUGAAAGAACAUGAACGAAUUCAGUUUGAUGAGAUAAACAAAGAGAAAGCCAACAUUAAAGAUCUGACCCUUCAUCUUCACACAGAAAAAAACAAACUUCAGAAUAUCAUGAGCAUGAUUGUUUUAAAACAAGAAGAACAAAAACUCAAGGAGGACCAGUUCAGCAGACAAACACAAGAACUGGAUACCAGAAAGAGCAGUCUGCUGGAAGAAAGAGAAGAACUGGAUCUUUUGAGGAAGGAUCUCAACAAGAAGAAUGAAGAGGUUGAAACAGCCAUGAACACCAUCAGUUCAGAGAGAGAUAUACUCAAUCAGAUGCAGAGUACUACUGACAUGGAAAUAACAAUGCUCAAGAAUGAAAAGGACCGAAUGGAAAGAGGAACGUCGGACCUGAAAACAAGAGAAGAUCUACUAUUGAAUACGAGGAAAUCAAUGGAAAUUCUGACGGAAAAACUUCACCAGCUGAGUGAAAGGAUGAGUGAAGAAAUUCAAAUCAAAAUGAUCAGACUGGAACAAAACAAUGAAGACAUAUUGAAACUGUUGAGUGUUUUGGAGCAAAAGCAUGAUGUUCUGGAUAAACAAAAAGCACAUAUGUCAAGUUACACUGAGACGUUAGAGAGGGAAAGAGAAAGGUUGAAGAUCAUGUUGUUAGAAAGUGUCACUCAAAGACAGGAAAUGGGUAAUCAACUGAAACAAGAGGCCUUGUUGGAAAGGACAAAUCUUCUGGAACUGAAGGCAGAGUUGAAGAAAGAAAGAGAGUACCUGGAUAGAGAGAGUGAGGUGAUGAACAAAGAGAAACUGGACUUUGAUUUGAUCAGGUUGGACAUCCUGAAACAAAGGGACAUGUUGGAACAACAGAGACAAGAUAUAAGAGAAGAAACAGAGAAAUUGGAAAUCACAAAGACUGAUCUUCAAGUGUUGAAAGAACAUGAACGAAUUCAGUUGGAUGAGAUAAACAAAGAAAAAGCCAACAUUAAAGAUCUGACCCUUCAUCUUCACACAGAAAAAAACAAACUUCAGAAUAUCAUGAGCAUGAUUGUUUUAAAACAAGAAGAACAAAAACUCAUGGAGGACCAGUUCAGCAGACAAACACAAGAACUGGAUACCAGAAAGAGCAGUCUGCUGGAAGAAAGAGAAGAACUGGAUCUUUUGAGGAAGGAUCUCAACAAGAAGAAUGAAGAGGUUGAAACAGCCAUGAACACCAUCAGUUCAGAGAGAGAUAUACUCAAUCAGAUGCAGAGUACUACUGACAUGGAAAUAGCAAUGCUCAAGAAUGAAAAGGACCGAAUGGAAAGAGGAACGUCGGACCUGAAAACAAGAGAAGAUCUACUAUUGAAUACGAGGAAAUCAAUGGAAAUUCUGACGGAAAAACUUCACCAGCUGAGUGAAAGGAUGAGUGAAGAAAUUCAAAUCAAAAUGAUCAGACUGGAACAAAACAAUGAAGACAUAUUGAAACUGUUGAGUGUUUUGGAGCAAAAGCAUGAUGUUCUGGAUAAACUGAAAGCACAUAUGUCAAGUUACACUGAGACGUUAGAGAGGGAAAGAGAAAGGUUGAAGAUCAUGUUGUUAGAAAGUGUCACUCAAAGACAGGAAAUGGGAAAUCAACUGAAACAAGAGGCCUUGUUGGAAAGGACAAAUCUUCUGGAACUGAAGGCAGAGUUGAAGAAAGAAAGAGAGGACCUGGAUAGAGAGAGUGAGGUGAUGAACAAAGAGAAACUGGACUUUGAUGUGAUCAGGUCGGACAUCCUGAAACAAAGGGACAUGUUGGAACAACAGAGACAAGAUAUAAGAGAAGAAACAGAGAAAUUGGAAAUCACAAAGACUGAUCUUCAAGUGUUGAAAGAACAUGAACGAAUUCAGUUUGAUGAGAUAAACAAAGAGAAAGCCAACAUUAAAGAUCUGACCCUUCAUCUUCACACAGAAAAAAACAAACUUCAGAAUAUCAUGAGCAUGAUUGUUUUAAAACAAGAAGAACAAAAACUCAUGGAGGACCAGUUCAGCAGACAAACACAAGAACUGGAUACCAGAAAGAGCAGUCUGCUGGAAGAAAGAGAAGAACUGGAUCUUUUGAGGAAGGAUCUCAACAAGAAGAAUGAAGAGGUUGAAACAGCCAUGAACACCAUCAGUUCAGAGAGAGAUAUACUCAAUCAGAUGCAGAGUACUACUGACAUGGAAAUAACAAUGCUCAACAAUGAAAAGGACCGAAUGGAAAGAGGAACGUCGGACCUGAAAACAAGAGAAGAUCUACUAUUGAAUACGAGGAACUCAAUGGAAAUUCUGAGGGAAAAACUUCACCAGCUGAGUGAAAGGAUGAGUGAAGAAAUUCAAAUCAAAAUGAUCAGACUGGAACAAAACAAUGAAGACAUAUUGAAACUGUUGAGUGUUUUGGAGCAAAAGCAUGAUGUUCUGGAUAAACAGAAAGAACAUAUGUCAAGUUACACUGAGACGUUAGAGAGGGAAAGAGAAAGGUUGAAGAUCAUGUUGUUAGAAAGUGUCACUCAAAGACAGGAAAUGGGAAAUCAACUGAAACAAGAGGCCUUGUUGGAAAAGACAAAUCUUCUGGAACUGAAGGCAACGUUGAAGAAAGAAAGAGAGUACCUGGAUAGAGAGAGUGAGGUGAUGAACAAAGAGAAACUGGACUUUGAUUUGAUCAGGUCGGACAUCCUGAAACAAAGGGACAUGUUGGAACAACAGAGACAAGAUAUAAGAGAAGAAACAGAGAAAUUGGAAAUCACAAAGACUGAUCUUCAAGUGUUGAAAGAACAUGAACGAAUUCAGUUGGAUGAGAUAAACAAAGAGAAAGCCAACAUUAAAGAUCUGACCCUUCAUCUUCACACAGAAAAAAACAAACUUCAGAAUAUCAUGAGCAUGAUUGUUUUAAAACAAGAAGAACAAAAACUCAUGGAGGACCAGUUCAGCAGACAAACACAAGAACUGGAUACCAGAAAGAGCAGUCUGCUGGAAGAAAGAGAAGAACUGGAUCUUUUGAGGAAGGAUCUCAACAAGAAGAAUGAAGAGGUUGAAACAGCCAUGAACACCAUCAGUUCAGAGAGAGAUAUACUCAAUCAGAUGCAGAGUACUACUGACAUGGAAAUAGCAAUGCUCAAGAAUGAAAAGGACCGAAUGGAAAGAGGAACGUCGGACCUGAAAACAAGAGAAGAUCUACUAUUGAAUACGAGGAAAUCAAUGGAAAUUCUGACGGAAAAACUUCACCAGCUGAGUGAAAGGAUGAGUGAAGAAAUUCAAAUCAAAAUGAUCAGACUGGAACAAAACAAUGAAGACAUAUUGAAACUGUUGAGUGUUUUGGAGCAAAAGCAUGAUGUUCUGGAUAAACUGAAAGCACAUAUGUCAAGUUACACUGAGACGUUAGAGAGGGAAAGAGAAAGGUUGAAGAUCAUGUUGUUAGAAAGUGUCACUCAAAGACAGGAAAUGGGAAAUCAACUGAAACAAGAGGCCUUGUUGGAAAGGACAAAUCUUCUGGAACUGAAGGCAGAGUUGAAGAAAGAAAGAGAGGACCUGGAUAGAGAGAGUGAGGUGAUGAACAAAGAGAAACUGGACUUUGAUUUGAUCAGGUUGGACAUCCUGAAACAAAGGGACAUGUUGGAACAACAGAGACAAGAUAUAAGAGAAGAAACAGAGAAAUUGGAAAUCACAAAGACUGAUCUUCAAGUGUUGAAAGAACAUGAACGAAUUCAGUUGGAUGAGAUAAACAAAGAGAAAGCCAACAUUAAAGAUCUGACCCUUCAUCUUCACACAGAAAAAAACAAACUUCAGAAUAUCAUGAGCAUGAUUGUUUUAAAACAAGAAGAACAAAAACUCAUGGAGGACCAGUUCAGCAGACAAACACAAGAACUGGAUACCAGAAAGAGCAGUCUGCUGGAAGAAAGAGAAGAACUGGAUCUUUUGAGGAAGGAUCUCAACAAGAAGAAUGAAGAGGUUGAAACAGCCAUGAACACCAUCAGUUCAGAGAGAGAUAUACUCAAUCAGAUGCAGAGUACUACUGACAUGGAAAUAACAAUGCUCAACAAUGAAAAGGACCGAAUGGAAAGAGUAAUGUCGGACCUGAAAACAAGAGAAGAUCUACUAUUGAAUACGAGGAAAUCAAUGGAAAUUCUGAGGGAAAAACUUCACCAGCUGAGUGAAAGGAUGAGUGAAGAAAUUCAAAUCAAAAUGAUCAGACUGGAACAAAACAAUGAAGACAUAUUGAAACUGUUGAGUGUUUUGGAGCAAAAGCAUGAUGUUCUGGAUAAACAGAAAGCACAUAUGUCAAGUUACACUGAGACGUUAGAGAGGGAAAGAGAAAGGUUGAAGAUCAUGUUGUUAGAAAGUGUCACUCAAAGACAGGAAAUGGGAACUCAACUGAAACAAGAGGCCUUGUUGGAAAGGACAAAUCUUCUGGAACUGAAGGCAGAGUUGAAGAAAGAAAGAGAGUACCUGGAUAGAGAGAGUGAGGUGAUGAACAAAGAGAAACUGGACUUUGAUGUGAUCAGGUCGGACAUCCUGAAACAAAGGGACAUGUUGGAACAACAGAGACAAGAUAUAAGAGAAGAAACAGAGAAAUUGGAAAUCACAAAGACUGAUCUUCAAGUGUUGAAAGAACAUGAACAAAUUCAGUUUGAUGAGAUAAACAAAGAGAAAGCCAACAUUAAAGAUCUGACCCUUCAUCUUCACACAGAAAAAAACAAACUUCAGAAUAUCAUGAGCAUGAUUGUUUUAAAACAAGAAGAACAAAAACUCAUGGAGGACCAGUUCAGCAGACAAACACAAGAACUGGAUACCAGAAAGAGCAGUCUGCUGGAAGAAAGAGAAGAACUGGAUCUUUUGAGGAAGGAUCUCAACAAGAAGAAUGAAGAGGUUGAAACAGCCAUGAACACCAUCAGUUCAGAGAGAGAUAUACUCAAUCAGAUGCAGAGUACUACUGACAUGGAAAUAGCAAUGCUCAACAAUGAAAAGGACAGAAUGGAAAGAGGAACGUCGGACCUGAAAACAAGAGAAGAUCUACUAUUGAAUACGAGGAAAUCAAUGGAAAUUCUGAGGGAAAAACUUCACCAGCUGAGUGAAAGGAUGAGUGAAGAAAUUCAAAUCAAAAUGAUCAGACUGGAACAAAACAAUGAAGACAUAUUGAAACUGUUGAGUGUUUUGGAGCAAAAGCAUGAUGUUCUGGAUAAACAGAAAGCACAUAUGUCAAGUUACACUGAGACGUUAGAGAGGGAAAGAGAAAGGUUGAAGAUCAUGUUGUUAGAAAGUGUCACUCAAAGACAGGAAAUGGGAACUCAACUGAAACAAGAGGCCUUGUUGGAAAGGACAAAUCUUCUGGAACUGAAGGCAGAGUUGAAGAAAGAAAGAGAGUACCUGGAUAGAGAGAGUGAGGUGAUGAACAAAGAGAAACUGGACUUUGAUGUGAUCAGGUCGGACAUCCUGAAACAAAGGGACAUGUUGGAACAACAGAGACAAGAUAUAAAAGAAGAAACAGACACAUUGGAAAUCACAAAGACUGAUCUUCAAGUGUUGAAAGGACAUGCAGACAUUCAGUUUGAUGAGAUAAACAAAAAGAAAGAACUACUGGCUCAAAUCAAGACAACCAUUGAGAGUGAGAAGGAAUUGUUAAAUGAAAAAAUUAGGAUGGAAGGAGAACUUUCUGAUACUAAAACAAAAGAAGAGUGGCUUAUCAGGUUACUGAGCUCCAUAGGAGGUAUAAGAGUAAAACUCAAACACCUUAAUCAAGUGAGCAAUGAAGUCUUUACAAAGAAUAUUGAGGUGUUAGGGCAAACAUAUAUUGACAUGCUCCAAUUAAACUUACUAUUGGAACACAAGUUUAAGGAAUUUGAUAAAAAUAGAAAGGAGAUGACUAGUUAUUAUGAUCUGAUACAAACAGAUAAAAACAACAUUGUGACAGUGAAGUUUGACAAGGCUGUACAAACAGAGGUGGCAUGGCAAAAAUUGCAUGAGCAAGAGCCAUGUGUUGAGAAACAGGUUUUGAAUAAACGUGAAGACUUUAAAUGUCAGGUUGUUAUGCAGCCAGAUUUCACAAUCCAGACUGAAAAAAUUGAUCAGCAGAAGUUCAAAGGAGAUAAACAUGAUCUUAAAAUAAAAAAUAAAUACUUGAAAACGGAUGAUGAUGUUCUAGUGAUGGAUAAAGAAUAUGAAAAAAAUAUACAACUAUCAGCUUCAGAACAAGAUUAUUUUACAGACAAGAAAAGAUCAAAAAGGGAUUGUUUGCGAAAGAUCUGGAAGGACACUAAAAUGGAACGAAAGGAGAUCUAUCAAAUGAGGAUCAUGAGCCAUGAAAUGAGAAAUAACCUAGAGAAAAGACUAAAGUUGAUCAACCAGUUUGUGAGGAGACCAUGGUUACAAGAAAAUGAAUCAUUGGAGAAGGAGCUCAAACAAGAACUAGGUAAGGACAUGACAUCCCAAAGUGACUGGAAGAUAGACCGCACAAUGCUUGAUUUAAGACACACACAGCUCCAACAACUUAAAGCUCAAAAGCUCACUAAAAUUGUCAAACUCUCUGACAAAGAAAAAGUGUUGAGGCCAAAGAGAACUACCAACAAUGAUCAAACAUUAAAGGUCAAUGUAACCACAGAGGACUUACAGGUAACAAAAGGAGAAGCUUCUGCAAAAAUGUAUAAAGAACAGACAAAGGUAGGAGAGAAGAAGGCAGCUCCAGAGACUUCCAGUGGACUCCUCAGUCAGCUGCAGCGCUACUACCGAUGCUGCUGCCACUGCUGCUGCAAACAAGUCUGCCAGGAGUAACACUGAGAGACACGUCUGUGUUUCUGUCAUGAUGACUUAAAUGUAGAUAGCAUGAUAUAUUAUUUAUACUUUUCUUACUUUUGCCGUAAUACAAGGAUGAAACCUGAAUAUUUGUUACAUUGGCUGCCAGCAGUUCUGGUCUAGCAGUCCAGAUAGAGAAGACAUUGAAAAUGACGGCUUGACGUUUCCAUAUAUAUAAAAAUGACUUAAGUGAGAUUAAACUACUCAUUCAACCCUUUUAAAACCAUUAUAUACACUAACUAAAAAAAUAAUAAUAUUGUUUUAGGUAAGGUAUUUCUGAACAUCAGAGUGCGGAAAUGUUAACAUCCCAAAGUCUUGAAAAUGCUUUUCCUUAAAUUGGCUUUUGCACCAUGUUGGUUUGCAUAUUUACAAAUGUAUAAUUUAUUGGAGAACAAAGUAAGAUUUAACAGUAUUGUUCUUUGUGAACCAAGAGUGAUUGUUUGAUUAUAAAGAGUGAGUGCUUUUUUCAGGUUAUAUUGCAGUAUUAAAUUGAAUGCAUUAAACUUCCGUAUUAAAUACUAUUUAAAUACAGAAAAUGCUAAACACUUAAAACGUUGUUGUUGCUGCUGUUUAGUUUUUCUUGCUGUUUCAAAAUGUUCAUUAAUUAACAUUGAUAUGUAACAAUAAUUUACAAAAAAAUAAAUAAACAUUAAAAAAUGUAAAUG